CCCCCCACCUUCCCUCCGAUGGGGGAUUCAGAUGGAUUCAAUGCUGUGCCACAGAUGGCUUCGAUGGGACCACCGCCCGUGUUGAGCUCCCUCUGGACAGGCGGCGCUUCUCCGGACAGCCGCGGAGACUACUACGACGACCCCCACGAAGAGUACUCCGACUGCCGCUACGAGGGCGACUACGAGGGCGACUACUCGAUGCCCACCGAGGAGGACCAAGAGGAAAAGUCGUGCUCCUGUCAGAGCCAGACCUGUCAGAGCCAGAGCGAGUUCAGCUCGAUAGAGCGCACCGAGUCGGACUCGGAGUGGGAGGAGCUCUCCGACGGCCCUUCCCUCGGCGUAGUCGUGCACCGUCAGCGCAUGGUGGCCUUGUACCACCUCGUCUUGGAGACCGCUGUGGUCAAGGUCGUGCUGCUGGUGCUGCAACUGCUGUGCUGCGCGGUGUUCUGGCUGGUCGAGAAGACCGUGGGUUUCCACGAAACCGUCGGCUCGAAGCGCCACCGAUUGUGGAACAGCAAGUACAAGCUGCGCACCAUCCAGCGCCAGUUGCUGUGGCGCAUGGCCAAUGCCCGGGGCGACGAGACGCUCGUCUUCUUUGCCGUGCUCAUGACAACGCCCUGGCUGUUCUCCCUCAGCCUCCUGGGAUUCAUCCUGUCCCUGGCGGCGCUCCUGAAGAAGACCGUCGAGCAGCUGGUGUUCCAGUUACGCCUGCGUCUCGUGCUCUAGGAGCAGCCAUCGAGCAGAAAGCAGCAAGCAGUAUCCAAUCACACACUGACAGAAGUCACACGGCCACACGCCCGACACUCCACC